UUCACAGCGCUACAGAUCAAGUCAUCAAUCGCCAGACGAUUAGUACAUUUACAGCCAUUAACCAAAUUACAUAUGGUUUUAAACAAUUGAAAAUCUGAGAUUACAUUUUUAAUUUAUUGACUACCUAAUUAAUAACAUGCAUAGCUCAAUUAUGCGGACAUCACCGGAAAACCCUUGUGCAGAACUAAAGUAUGCCACUGAAACAACCAAAGAAAAGUUUAACACAGAAAUAACAGAUAUUAAUAGCUCCAAACCGCCUUACAGUUAUGUUGCGCUCAUUGCAAUGGCUAUACAGAUAUAUAUUUUCAAUUUUCAGAACUCACCACUAAAGCGCGCUACACUCAAUGAGAUUUACAGCUACAUCACAUCACAUUUUCCAUAUUUCGAAAAAAAUAAGAAAGGUUGGCAGAAUUCAAUACGACACAAUUUAAGUUUGAAUGAGUGCUUUAUAAAGGUACCGCGCGAGGGUACAGGUGAACGCAAAGGAAACUAUUGGUCGUUAGAUACACAAUAUGAGAAUAUGUUCGAAAAUGGCAAUUAUCGGAGAAGAAGACGCAUGAAGCGACCUUAUCGUUCGGUGGGACAUUUUCCCAAGUUAAUGACUGACACCUGCCCCUCGAAAAUGAUUUUCAAUCACACACCUUGCCAGACAUACUACAGAUACAACACAAAUACUCAAUGGUUACCCACACAGACAAUAGCCGGUUAUGGUCCGUCUACAGUGAGAAAUAGCUAUCCGAAUAAUUCCGCAGCUAGUUUUUCUACACCAUUACUGGGUGCGAACAACUACAACAGCAUUAUCCAGCAAGAAGGAAUCUCUACCGAUGGCGUUAAAAUGAUGGAUCCAUGUCCAUGUCCCAUUUGGAAUACAAUUCCCGAUUUGAUGAUCAAAGAUGAGCAUUCAUCACAAAGCCAUGCCGAUGCGACAUUGAUCAGUUAUCAGAAGCAAUUUGCCUUACAUUGAUAAAUAUUAUAAAAAUAUAAGAAAAUAUAUAUGAUAACACAAUAUUUAAUAAAUGUAAAGCUGUAAAAUUAUGGUAUACUGUAAAGAAUUAAAAAAAAUAUAAUCUAAUAAAAAAUACCAAAAAUGAAGUAAACCAAAUAAUAAUGUAUGAAAAAAUUUAAAUUUUUAGCUAUCAGUUACUAACACUUUGUAACUAAAAGUUAUACGUUGACAAUGAGGCCCUAAAAGAAUUUUUAAAGAAAAUAACAAAAUAAAGAAAUAUUAAAAAAAGAAAAUUGUUUGAAAAUUCUUCAUUGACAAGCAGUUUAUUUCAUAUUAUUGUUUAUACAAUUGGUAUAUGUAUGUAUAAUUUAAUUUGCGUAAAUGCAAAAAAUAUAUCUUAAUAGAUGUAUGUAUGUAUAUAUAUUCAUAAAUAUGUCUAGGAUGUUCGCGCAAUCAAAUAACUGCAUCAACAUACUCAGCUGAUACUUAUACAGCAACAUUGUUGUGGCGAUUAUGAUGCCUUGCUAUAUUGCCGCAGUGAUUCGAGACUCGAACAUCAAUUGCAACAUA